AUGGACUAAAGCAUCAGCAUAAGCACCAACGUUAGCACGACGACUUCCAUGGAGAAGAUCGAUCAGGCAGCGAGCUGGCUCAGCGCCACGAUCAUCUCCGCUUUCUUCGCCUCCCUCGACCGCUGCGCCUGCGUCAAUCUCUCCACUUCCCAUGACGACGAAGACGAAGACGAAGACGACGAAGAGUCCUACCACCGUCCCCUUGCUCUCUCCGCCGCUCCUCAUUCCAACGACACCGUUUAAGCUCCGUGUUGGUGUUGACCUCUCUUGGUAAUGAAAAUCCUAUCGUGUUUUUUUUUUUCUUUUUUGCUUCCUCUGGUAAUCGAUAUGUAAGCAUUAUGUGUGAUGCUUGUAAAUGUCAGACUCGGAACUUGUUUUGCGAUGGUUCUCAAGUGCUUUGUCUGUUUGUCUGUA